CCGGCGGCCGCUGCCAUUGGCCCGGCUGUCAUGUGGUCGCGCGGAGGCAUCCGCAAUUACACGGGAAUGUUUUCCUAGAGAUGUCAGCCUACAAAGGACACAAUCUCUCUUCCUCAAAUUCCUCCCCAAAAUGUCCUUUCCCAACAGCUCUCCUGCCGCUAAUACUUUUUUAGUAGAUUCUCUCAUCAGUGCGUGCAGGAGUGACAGUUUCUACUCCAACAGCGCCAGCAUGUAUAUGCCACCUAGCACAGACAUUGGGACUUAUGGGAUGCAAACCUGUGGACUCCUACCGUCUCUGGCUAAAAGAGAAGUUAAUCACCAAAAUAUGGGUAUGAAUGUACAUCCUUAUAUACCUCAAGUAGACAGUUGGACAGACCCGAACAGAUCUUGUCGAAUAGAGCAACCUGUUACACAGCAGGUCCCCACUUGUUCCUUCACUACAAAUAUUAAAGAAGAAAGCAAUUGCUGCAUGUAUUCCGAUAAGAGAACAAAACUCAUUUCUUCAGACGUCCCUUCCUACCAGAGGCUGGUGUCUGAAUCAUGCCCCGUUGAAAACCCCGAGGUUCCUGUCCCAGGAUAUUUUAGACUGAGCCAGACCUACGCCACUGGGAAAACCCAAGAGUACAAUAAUAGCCCUGAAACGAGUUCAACUGUAAUGUUACAGUUAAACCCUCGCGGCAGCUCCAAACCGCAGAUAUCUUCUCAACUUCAGAUGGAAAAGAAAAUGAAUGAAAAUCCGAACAACCAAGACAGCACAGCUAAAGUCUCUCAAGUGGAAAGUCCCGAGCCCAAGUCCACGUUGCAAGACGAAAGGAGCUGCCUGCCUGAAGGCUCUGUGUCCAGCCCAGAAGUCCAGGAGAAGGAGAGUAAAGAGGAAAUCAAGUCUGAUACUCCAACAAGCAAUUGGCUAACUGCAAAGAGUGGCAGAAAGAAGAGGUGUCCUUACACUAAGCACCAAACACUGGAAUUAGAGAAAGAGUUCUUAUUCAAUAUGUAUCUCACUCGAGAGCGCCGCCUAGAGAUCAGUAAGAGCGUAAACCUCACUGACAGGCAGGUCAAGAUUUGGUUUCAAAACCGCAGAAUGAAGCUCAAGAAGAUGAGCAGGGAGAACCGAAUCCGAGAACUGACCGCUAAUCUGACCUUCUCUUAAAGCUGCCCGGGGUGCGCGCAGGCAGCCAGGGGCGCAGCCCCGCCGCUUGCUCAAUGCAGGAGAGACUUUGACAAAACCCUUCAUUUUCCAUUUUUUUUCCGAUAGAAUGUGACUCUUCGUCCUUAUUUUAGCGCUGCAAGUGAAUAUGUAUUACUAUGAUGAGUAUAUAUAAAACCUAGCACGUGUAAUUUAUUUUUGUUCUCAUCGUAAUGCAGGGUAACUAUUAUUGAAUAUGAUCAUUUGGUCUUAACUUAUUGGAACUGUCGAACAUCCAAACAAUGUGACUUUUUCAUGUUUUUACUAACAAAAUGGUAUUUAUGUGGGGCUAUUACACGGGCCAUAACAUUUUGAGUACAUUCAAUACUUUAAGAAAAAAGGGGGGAAAACUUUGGGGAGGGGGGGAAAGAGAAGCACAUUAUAAUGUAACUAUCCUCUCAAAUGAACUUAGAGAUUGUCCUUCGUAAGAUGGAAUAUUUCAUCCUUCUCCAUUGUAGACAUUUUCUUGUGGUGCAUAUGUGGAAUAGUAGUCGUUCAACAGCAAUAUGUCCUUCUUGUGCAUGUUCUAUUCGCAUGUAUAAUGCAAUAAACUCUGUAAACUAC